ACUGAUAAGACGUAUGAGGUAAAUUCAUAUAGUGUGAAAUUCUAGGUCAUCGUGUUUGAUGACUAGGUUUUUCUAGACCUAGGUUCUAAUUUUCGUCAAGACUAUGAGUAUAAGAAACUCAGCAGGUGUUGGCUACGGCACACACAACUGUGAAAUACAAACCCAAAGCUCUGAGCUCGUUAAUAGUCAGUUUCAGUCUUUCAAUCCUAUCGAUCAAUGCACAGAUACGAGUUAUAUUCUGAACUCAUAUCCCAAAGAGCUUCAAAAAAUAUGUUGCAACAUGUUCACCACCCCUAAGUUUUGUGAAUGGUUGAAGCAUGAGUGGUUGUAUUCGAGCAUAGACAAGGAAAUAUUUCUAAGGGUUAAUGACUUUCAGCUGAUAUUGCGGGAAUACUUUCCUACCUUAAAGUCUCGAAUGUUAAGUCGAGUUCAUUGGUCAACUAUUCGACGGAUCAUAGGGAGACCACGUCGUUUCAGUGCCACGUUCCUCUCUGAAGAACGGCACUCUGUGCAAGUAAAACGUAAAAAUAUACAAUACAUACAGCACAUCAUUUUAACAAGUUCUCUUGGUCCAAUGGCGUCAGAACAUUUAGAUAAUCUUUUAUUAUGCUUGCCACCGGCAAUUCGAAUUCCCCUUCGAUUACCAGUUGGUAUUAGAGUAUGUGUUUGUCUUCACACUCCCAUGCAGGGUUUAUAUCUUGGACUGAUACAAAAUUCGUGUCCAGGUGAUGGACAUUAUGCUGUUUGGGUUGAUGAGUUAAUUAUUUCAAAUGAUUACAUGGAAAUGAAAUCUUCCAGAUAUUACGGCUGUCAAAUUGUUCCAGAAGAAAAUGUUUUUCCUUUACCAAAUCAGUCGUUACCACCUUCUGUAACACUUUCAGAGAUUCGCAGUUAUUUUAAAGAAAAUAUAAUAAACAGUGAUGUCACUGUUUUUUCGUCUGAAUUUAAUACUAACUUCAUAAAUACCAUGAAUAAAACGGUCGAAUCAUCUAGUAAUCGUUUACAUUGUGUUGUUCAAUCAUCACCUACUUGUGGACCUUUAUUAAGUGAAAGUGUAUGUGGUGCAAAUCAUAUACAGAUGAAUAAUUCACAAGUUUCAUCAGGAGAUCUUUUAAUCCCAAAACCUAAAUUCGAUAAUCCUUCUGUAAUAACAUCACCGUGUUCAGAACAAACAUCUUCCCAGAAAACCGACUAUCAGUCUUACAAUAGAUUUCUUAUUAAUAUUAUUAAACUUCACAAGAUUUUAGAGAGAAAACGUUCAUCAAUUGAAACAUUAAAACAAUUAAAUGAUACUGCUGAAAUAAAGCUUUCAGAAAACCAGAAUAACAUCACUGUACAAUUUCAACAUACUUAUGCAAAACUCAUAUUAAAUAUAGAUAAAAUUAAUCGAGAAUUAAAACAUUAUAUGAAUCAAGUACUUCUAUACGUGUCAACUAUGGCACAAGAACAUAACAUGGUAGAAUUAAAUUCCGUUAUCGACUGGAGACGUCGCUGUGAUGAUGAAGCUCAAGAAAUAGUUAAUCGGAUGAAAGAAUUACAAACAUACAAAUUAAUUAAUGAAGACAAAUUGGAUCUUGUUGCUAAGCUUAUUUCUAUUCUCAUACAUUUAAGUAAUUUAUCUGAUCAUCGGUACAUGAAUCAAAUCCCAGCGUGUAUUGACGACAUUCUCAAAGAGAUUAAACAUGGUAUUCACCCAAAUAAUUUGAAAUGUUUUGAGUCUACAGUGGAAAAUUUUAUUGGACAAAUUAUAAAUCCAAUUACAAAUACUAUCUAUUCACGAAUGUAUCAAUAUCCUAUGAUGUCGAAUUCACAAGUUUCAGACAAUAUUUAAUAUGUUAAAUGUUACUUUCUUUUUUUGGGGGGGGGGAAGGGGCUAAUUUCUCUUGUUCUAUUUAUUUUCAUGUUGAUUUUGAGUUCAUUAUUUGUUUGUUUCUUUUUAUUUUCUUUUUAAA